AUGAACGAUGCGUAUUAAAACGUAUUAAUUGGUCAUCGCAAAGAAAUUCGAAUCAACACCGGUUCAGCCGUUCAGCACAGCACUGGUCUCGAGGCGAUCACAGAAGAUCCUGAUGGACGCAAGUAUCUGCUUAAUUUGACACCCGAAAGUGAUGGUGUUUUCGUAGGUGGAUGGACAGCGCAAAAGCUUGGUGAAACCAAGUUUUCGAUCUUCUUCGAUGGUGUUCUGGUGAAGGAAGCGAAAACGAUCGUCUCUGAAGGUCAAGAUGCGAGUAAAUGUCGCGCAGUUGGAGAAGGCCUUGAACGAGCUAUCGUCGGCGAACGCACCAAAUUUAGAAUCGACACACAA